CAAAACUGUGAUUAAAGACUACAUAUUGUUCUCUAGUUGUUCGGAUGGGUCAUCUGUGGGAUCGGUAUUUGGCUGAUUGUGGACCCGAAGUCGUAUGAGCCGAGUCGCUACAUCGACACCUACAAUAUGGUGACUGCGGCCUACAUCAUGAUAGUGGUCGGCGCUAUCAUUAUGUUUCUCGGACUACUGGGAUGUGCGGCCGCUUUCAUGGAACACUCGCUUCUCCUCACAAUUUACGGAACAAUACUUUUACUACUGUUUGGGUUGCAAGUGGCCACGAUCACUUUGGGAAUAUUUCAUGGAUUCGGACAACAA